AUGAACUAAAAUUUUUCUCAUUUUAAUUUAGAAAAGCUAGAAGAAACUUAUAAAACGUUUGGUUUGAGAUAUUCUUGUAAUGAGUAUGAUGUAAGAAAAUAGUUUAUCUAGGAAUAUACUUGCAUAAGAAAUAGUAAUGAGAUAUAGUAUUGUGCUCGCAAAUAUAAAAUUGGAAGCAUAGAUGAUGAAAGGUUUAAAGCAUUGAAGAGAAUCAAGCUUUACAAUAUUUUGCCUGUAUUUGAUUAGUACUUAGAUUCAUAAACAAUUAUUGCAUAAGAUGUAGAAAAAUUUUCUUUGGCAAAUAAUGUAGAAGAUUUAACAGAAUCUCAAAAAAAUUAUUUAAGUGUUAUACUUAGUAUAAGUAAACAUAAUAAAUUGAACAUUUUUAGCUUUAUAGGAAUUAUGCUAUCGUGGAUUUCCAUUUAUUAUAACAGAGAGAAGUGUAUAUAUCUUAGAAAAUCACAUAUGUCUCUCUUAAUAAGACUUUUCUUUUGAUAGAGAUGUAAGUGAAAAAGAAAGUUUUGAAAGCUUUAAAAAAAUAAGUAUGUAUAGAAAUUUAUAAUUUUAGUGAUAAAACUUUAUGGAGAAUUUCUUGAAGUGAAUUUUGAAAAUUCAACGAAUUAUUUAUUAUAAUAAAACAAUGUAUAUCUUGGGCCAAGUGAAAAUAUGCCUUAUGUUGAAUUAUUAGAUUAAAUAUUCGAAUUUACUAAUGUAAAUACUUUAGCUUCUGCAGCAUCAAAUUCAUAUGUAUAUGAAUUCGAUACUCCAGAAUUUAUGAAAACAAUUCCAAAUAUAAGUUAAAGAACUGUUUUAAAAUCUAUAAAACUUGAUUUAAAUGAUACUGAUUAAGAAUAUCUUUUGACUUCUUCUUAAAGAGAAUUAGAAAUAAUGGAAAAUUUCAGUAAAUAUGAACCAUUAGUUGCAUGUUAUGCAUAUUUUAGAAUUUAAAAAUAGCUUUACAUAUUCAUGGAAAGAUAUCCUUAAGUUCUUUCAAAUAUGCUUGAGGAGAAAUAGAUUGAUGAGAAUAGACAUUGUGAAUAGAUGUGUUAUUAAUUAGCAAUUGGUAAUUAUAUAAAUAAUGACUUUAGCUCUUAAAUAUCUUCAUAAUCAUUAAAUUAUUCAUCGAGAUUUAAAACCAGGAAAUUUGUUUUUAUCAAGUGAAAAUAUAGAUUAAGCUAAAUUAUUAAUUGCAGAUUUUGAUAGAUCUAGAUUAUCAUAAUGGUUAUCUUAAUCAAUAUAUGAACAUUAAUAAAAAUGUAGACAAAUCAAAAUAUAUAAUAGAAUUAAAAUAAGAUUCAAAAGGUAAAUUAAAUGAAAUUACACCAAAAUCAGUAUUAGGAGCUACUCCUUCUUAUGAUCCACCAGAAGCUGGAACUACUGAUUAUGAUACUAGUGCAGAUAUUUGGCAAGUUGGACUUAUUAGUAGAAUAAUUUAAUUUAUUUGUAGUGUUUUAAAUUUUUAAUAGAGGCUAAUAUCCAGUUGAAAUGACAAGUCAAAAUUUUAGUAAAGAAUAAUACAAAAGAAGCUUUACUAAAGAAUAAAUUCAAAACUAAUUAAAAUAAUAUAAUAUCGAUCAAUAAUUUAUAGAUAUUAUUGCUCAAUGUCUAUCAUUUGAUAAAAAUGAAAGACCAACCUCUUAAUAAUUAGUUAAUCUUUUAUAAGAUUGUUUUAAAGAUAUUAAUUUAGAUGAAGAUGAUUUGAUUUCUACUCAUAAUUUAAGUCAAAUUGGUAGAUUUGCAUAAUUGAUCGAAAAAACUAAGACUUUAAAGAAGCUUAACUCUUAAAAUUUAUGA